UGUUUACUGGAACCGGAUACCCGGCAAUACAUUACUGUGACAGUGGAGUCGAACUGUGCACCAGGACAAAAUCAGUGUGGUGAUGGAGUCUGUCUACCAAUUUCUCUUUUCUGUGAUGGAAGGACUGAUUGCGCUGAUAGUUCAGAUGAAAACCGUGUACUUUGUCCACCUAAAAUUACAGAAGAAUUGUCAUUAACUCCUGAAAAGAUUCUUAAGAGACCAUGGGAACCAUUCUCUUUUUCAUGCCGGGCUGUCAUGGGUCAGCGUCCAGUAUUCGUUAAAGAUACGGACAGAUCGGCUUUAGCUCAAGAUCAACGGUUCAUCGUUACUACGAUUGGAGAAAGUGAGAUUAUGGCCAAUGCACCAUAUGGUUUGCCUGGCAGAACUUCACUAAGAGUUUGGUGUGCACUGGAAUCGGGUAUUGAAAAGGCAGUCAACAUUGCAAUUGAACAAACUUGUCCAGUCAAUACUUUUGAAUGUGCUGACGGAAUCUGUAUUCAAACCUCGCUGGUUUGCAAUGGCAAAAGAGAUUGUAGAGAUGGUUCCGAUGAGAGAUUCUGUGAAGUGAUCAGACCUGGUCUCACUAUCACGCCUGGAUCAAUCAGUGUUCGUCCGAGACAACCCUUCUCCUUCACCUGUACUGCUGCGGAUGCUUCAAGACCUGAAGUAUAUCUUUCGAGGAAUCAAACCCCAAUAUCCACAGAUCCACGAUUCAAAAUAGAUCGACCAAGUUAUAAUAGAGUCGAAGUUAGCGCACCAUAUGGUCUUUUGGAGAUUCAUGAUGGAAUGAUAUUUACAUGUGUUACCUCAACUGGAGAAAAGAACCAAGUUGCUGUUUCAAUUGAUCACCCAUGCGGGAGAGGUCGUGUAAGGUGUGCCACUGGAGCAUGUAUCCCCUCCACAUCUGUGUGUGAUGGUCAGAAAAAUUGUCCUGAUGGUUCUGAUGAAGAUCCUUAUUUUUGUAAAGCUGAACCGUCCGGUGUUAUUGUAAGUCCGCCCUCAAUCAAUGUUCGAGCCUGGAGUCCAUUCAAUUUCUCCUGUGUGGUCACUCGUGGUAGUAAUCCAUUGGUGAUCUAUUCUGCUACUGGAAUGUCAGUGGAUGGGGAUCCGAGAUUUCGUGUACAUAGACCGAAUGCUCAAACUAUAUUAAUCCAUGCACCCCAAGGAAUUCACGCUCAUACCGACUCUGUUAGAUUCGUUUGUGUCGCUCCCGAGGGUAAACGUGGGGAGAUUGUCGUAUCGGUAGAAACAAACUGCGGUCCUGGAGAAUCCCAAUGCAGAAGUGGUGAAUGUGUGCGAACUUCUCAGUUCUGUGAUGGAUUCGCAAAUUGUAAAGACUCUUCGGAUGAAUUCCCAACACUCUGUCAAAAACCACUAAGAGGUGUGGUUACCAUGCCCAAUACAAUUGAGACUCCUCCAUGGCAAGAAUUCCUUUUCAUAUGCGCUGUACCAACAUCAAGCAAGGCGGAUCUUGUUUUCCAAGAUAAUCGCAAGCGGGUUGCUGAAGAUCCACGAUUUGAUGUGGUCCAAAUUAAUAAAAAUAUCAUCCAGGUGACUGCUCCUCAUGGCCUGCGUGGAACGGAUGAUACAACAAUUGAGUGUUUCCUUCCGACUGGUGAGAAAGAUCUUGUCAAAAUCACUGUGAAAGAUCCUUGUCCUUAUGGUCAAUCACAAUGCAAAGAUGGCCGCUGUGUGAAUACGUCCGAAUUCUGCAACGGCCGGAGAAGUUGUCCUGAUGGUUCAGAUGAAGAUCCAAAGUUCUGUCCAGCCAUCACACCAUCUCCAGAGUUCGCAGUCUAUCCAGAUUCAAUUGUAACCACACCUUGGAAGCACUUUACGUUUGUCUGCAUCGCGCCUCCUGAGAGUCAAGCAACUAUCGUCUUCCAGAAAGAUGGACGACAAAUUGAAGGUGAUCCUCGCUUUGAUGUGUUCAGAAGAAACGGCGAGGCCAUCGAAGUUAGUGCGCCGUUCGGACUAAGAAAAAUUGACAGCAUGGCAAUUGACCCCAAAGCAGUUGUGAUUCAAGUAACCGCUCGUCAUGGAUUACCAAGAGCCGAUGCUAUGGUGUUAGCGUGCGUCACACGUUUAGGUGAUCGAAGAACUGUCACGAUCACCGUUAAGGACCCCUGCCCUUCUGGUCAAAUGUCCUGUGCUGAUGCUACAUGCAUUGAUCGGGAUCGGUUCUGUGACGGACGACCUGAUUGUGCUGAUGGCAGUGAUGAACAAAAGGAGUUCUGCCCGUCUCGUGUGGAAGAUGUUGACAUAACUCCUGAAACAAUUGACGUUCCAGAAUGGAGACCUUUCAGUUUCCUUUGUCGUGGUCCGCCAAACAGUCGCGUUACUCCAGUCUUUACUCAGACCUCCCUACCAGUUGCAAAUGAUUCAAGGUUUGACGUAACGGGCCUCAACACCGAAAAUGUUCAAGUCAUUGCUAUUAGGGGCCUUCGUUCUACAGAUGAUACGGAAAUAACAUGUGUCACCGAUCGAGGCUUGAAGAAGGCAAUAAAAAUCACUAUUUCAACUUCCUGUCGACUUGGUGAAACAGGGUGUCGUGAUGGAACAUGUAUUGCCAUUUCUAACCUUUGUGAUGGACGAUACCAGUGCCCUGACAGAUCUGACGAAACACGAGAGUUCUGUGGUGAAAUCGAAAUCAUUCCUCCAGAAUGCUCACCAAACGAGUUUCGAUGCAAAGAUGGCACCUGCAUUCCACAAUUCCAUACUUGUGAUGGUAUUCGCCACUGUAGUGACGGAUCCGACGAAUCUUUGGACAUCUGCAGAGCGCCGGAACUUCCGAUCACGAUCACACCAGGAUUCAUAAGCGUCUACGAAUGGACCCCUUUCAAAUUUGUUUGCAAUAGUGGCACUGGUCGUAUAACAGCUUACUUCAAAUCUAAUGGAGACCUGGUUGAAUUUGAUCAUCGGUUUCAUGUCGCUCAUGUAAAUUCUACCGCUCUUGAAGUGUCGGCCCCUUUUGGUUUGAGAAAUAUAGACGAUAUGGAAAUUGAAUGCGUGUCAACGAGCGGUGAUAGGAAUUCAAUUCAAAUAACCAUUAAUAGUCAGUGUCCUUCCGGAAAAUCACAAUGUAAAGACGGCGAGUGUAUUCCUACAGCGCAGAUCUGCGAUUUCGUCACCCACUGCAAAGACCACACUGAUGAGAUUCCUGACUUCUGUCGUGGUAUUCCAAGGCCUCCAGUCAUUGCCGAUCCUCCACUUGUGGAUAUGCCACCAUGGCAAAUGUUCGAAUUCGCAUGCACUUCCACUGACGGCUCACAAUUAGAAGCUUACUUCUCCCCUGACGGAAGAAAAGUGCGUGAUGACCCUCGAUUCCUUGUUACUCGACACAACGCCUCCACUAUUGUCAUUUCUGCUCCCAGGGGACUGAGAGAUGUUGAUGAUAUGCGUAUAGAUUGUGUGUCAACAAGUGGUAUAAGUAAGGAAGUCCUGAUAACAAUUCAUGAUUUCUGUGGACCAGAGCAGAGUCAGUGUAAAGACGGUUCUUGCAUUCCUCUAUUCCAACUUUGUGAUCGGAUUCCGCAGUGUACAGAUCGUUCAGAUGAGGAUCCAGGAUUCUGUAGACUACCAGAUAAACCACCAAUCUAUGCUGAGCCACCAAGUAUCUAUAAACCAGCUUGGGUGCCUUUCGAGUUUGUCUGUGGUAGUCACAAUCGCGGUCAGAUCAGUGUAGUCUUCGCUAUUGAUGGUUCAAGUGUUGAUUUGGAUCCAAGAUUUAGGGUAUCGAAAUUCAAUGAUAGUACAGUUGUCGUCAGCGCGCCACGAGGCCUACGUGACAUUGACGAUACAAUCAUUCAAUGUGUGGGACCAGUUGGUCAGACAAGGAACAUCUCAAUAAUCAUUACAAGUAGUUGUGGAGUGGGCUAUACUCAAUGUGCUGAUGGACAAUGUAUCGAAGAGGAAAAGAUGUGUGAUGGUGUCUCACAGUGUUCAGAUCGUUCCGAUGAGGACGUAGAAUUCUGUCGAGAGCCCAUUAGACCAACUCCUCCACCUCCCGUAAUCGUGAGCCCGUCAACCAUCGAUGUUCCACCAUAUCGUCCCUUCGAUUUCACCUGUAUCAGUACUGAUGGUAGUCGAAUAGAAGCUGUCUUCAAAGUCGAUCGCUCACCAGUUAAUAGAGACUCGAGAUUUCGCAUUAAUAGGUAUAACUCUUCGACUUUGAUAGUCAGUGCAAUCCAUGGUCUUCGGGAUAUCGAUGAUGUCAAAAUUGAAUGUAUGACUUCAACAGGCCAGAAAGGUGUUGUUACUAUCACUAUUCAGGACAAUUGUGGUCGUGAAUAUACAAUGUGCAAAAAUGGCGCCUGUAUUUCAGUCCAACAACUUUGCGAUGGAGUUGCCCAAUGUCACGAUGGUUCAGAUGAGGACACCCAUUACUGUAGAGAACCAACGAGACCACCCCCUCCACCUGUACAAGUGUCUCCACCAAGAAUUGACAUUCAACCUUGGCGUUCAUUUGACUUCAUCUGUAUGAGCAGACCGAAUACGCAAGUGACUGCCUUAUUUGAGGAUGGUUCAUCAGUGGAAGGAGAUCCGAGAUUUCGGCUUAUUCGGUUCAACACUUCAGCUAUUCUUGUCAGCGCCCCUUAUGGUCUGCGAGGUUUGGAUGAUAUGCGAAUUGAAUGUGUCACAACGGCCGGUGAUAGAGGAGAAGUUGUCAUUAAUAUUAAUGACACUUGUGGACUUGGCUACACCAGGUGCAGAGAUGGAGCAUGCAUUCCUGUGCAUCAACUCUGCGACGGAACUAGUCAGUGUCGUGAUAACUCCGAUGAGGAUUCACGUUUCUGUAGAAAGCCUAUUCAACCUCCUUUUAGACCUGAUAUUAUCAUUACCCCACCAAGCAUUAGUACACCAGCUUGGAGGCCCUUUGAAUUCACCUGUGUCAGCUCUGAUGGAAAUCGCAUAGACGCUGUGUUCAAGAAAGACGGAUCCCCAGUAGAUGGCGACGCUCGAUUUCAAGUUAAUCGAUAUAAUGCGUCUGCUCUUUAUGUUAGCGCUACUGAUGGUCUGAGGGAUAUUGAUGAUUUGAUAAUCGAAUGUGUUUCUGAGACUGGUCAAAGAGGAGAAAUCACAAUUACAAUUCCUGAUAGCUGUGGACCUGGAUUAACCAAGUGCAAAAAUGGCCAGUGCAUCAAAAUAUCUAAGUUCUGUGAUGGAACUUUAAAUUGUCGUGAUGGAUCAGAUGAAGAUCCACGGUUCUGCAAAGCACCAACCCCAAGACCUCCCACAUCAGGGCUAAUUGUGUAUCCUCCUAGAAUUGAUGUUCCAGCUUGGAGACCUUUCGAAUUCACUUGUAUCAGUCCUGAUGGAGGUCGAAUCAGCGCUGUUUUCAAGACCAAUGAAUCGUCUGUUGAAGCAGAUCGAAGGUUCCAGGUCAUUCGAUUCAACAACUCAGCUCUUCAACUCAGGGCUCCUUAUGGACUUCUUGAUAUUCAUGAUAUGCAAAUUGAAUGUGUUUCUGAUAUUGGACCAAGACGAGAUAUAAGCAUCACCAUUCGUGAUGAUUGCGAUCGAGGUUAUACCAAAUGUAAAGACGGUAGCUGCAUUCACAUAUCUCAACUGUGUGAUGCAACGCCGCAAUGCCGCGAUGGAUCUGAUGAAGACUUGCCAUUCUGUGAAGUACAACCAAGACCUCCAGCACCCCCUGUGAUUGUUUAUCCUCCAAUUAUUGAUGUCCCAGCAUGGGAAAGAUUUGAAAUUUCUUGCUAUAGUCCGGAGGGAAUGCGUAUCGAUGCCGUAUUCAGAGAUAAUGGCUCAUCUGUGGAAGCUGAUCAAAGAUUCAGAGUCAUGCGUUAUAAUAACUCGCAUAUUCGGAUUGAUGCGCCCGAUGGCUUACCGGAUAAUGCUGAUACGCAGAUAGAAUGCGUCGAUACUGAUGGAAGAGCAGGAAAUGUGUUAGUUACUAUUCUUGAUGAAUGUGGUCGUGGAUAUACUAAAUGCAAAGACAGACAAUGCAUCCCCUUGUCGCAGUGGUGCGAUGGGGUUCCUCACUGUCGAGAUAAAUCUGACGAGAAUCCUCGAUUUUGUGCAGAGCCUAUUCUACCUCCCUUGCCACCAAUUAUUGUCUCUCCGCGUAUUGUUGAAGUUCCAGCCUGGCGAUCCUUCAAUUUCACCUGUUUCAGUCCGGAGCGAUUGCGUUUGUUUGCUGUAUUCAAAGUUGGAGGCUCAUUAGUCGAGAAAGAUCCGAGAUUCCGAGUCACUCGUUACAAUGACUCGUAUAUUCAAGUUGCCGCUCCUGAAGGUCUACCAGAUUCCGAAGAUAUAAAAAUUGAUUGUGUCGAUGAAAUGGAUCGAACAGCGGAUGUUUCAAUUAUAAUUGCAGACGAGUGUGGUCGAAGCUACACCAAAUGUAGGGAUGGUCAAUGCAUUCCAAAGUCCCAAUGGUGUGACGGAAUUCCUCAUUGUCGCGAUAGAUCCGAUGAAGACCGCAAAUUCUGCAGAGAACCAGAGAGACCUCCUUUAGGUCCGGUGAUUGCUAUCCCUCCAAUCAUAAAUGUACCUGCCUGGAAACACUUCGAGUUUACUUGCUUUAGUUCAGAUGGAAGUCGAGUAUCUGCUGUCUUCAAAAAUGAUAGUUCGCCUGUAGAUGUCGAUUCCAGAUUCCAAGUAACUAGAUACAACACUUCCACUCUUCAAAUCAGAGCACUUGAGGGUUUGCCUGAUUUCGCAGAUUUAGAAAUUGAGUGUUUUGCGGAAAGCGGCCAAAGAACAGAAAUUUCAAUAACCAUACUUGAGGAAUGUGGCCGUGGUUACACUAAAUGCAAGGAUGGUCAAUGUAUUCGUAAACCUCAGUGGUGUGACGGAGCACAGCAUUGCACGGAUGGCUCUGAUGAGGAUCCAAGGUUCUGUCUCGAACUUAUUCGACCGCCUGUUCCGUCAGUAAUCGUUACCCCGACAAGAAUUGACGUUUCAGCUUGGCAGCCCUUCAAUUUUACAUGCACCAGCACUGACGGAAGCCGUCUAAGAGCUGUGCUCUCAGCAGAUGGAUCUUCAGUGGAUUCAGAUCCACGUUUCCGACUGACUGCCUAUAAUGCGUCAACUCUCGUAGUGACUGCUGUUUACGGAAUACGAGACAUUGAUGAUAUGCAGAUUGAAUGUGUUAGCUUGACAGGAGGCGUCGGAAACAUUGCCAUCAAUGUUUAUAACGAAUGUGGGCGUGGAUAUUCAAAAUGUAAAGAUGCGGAAUGCAUUCCAGUCUCCCAACUCUGUGAUGGAAUUAGCCAAUGUCGCGACAAGUCUGAUGAAGAUCCACGCUUCUGUGGAGAACCAGUCAGAUUGGAAGUUACUCCCCCACGAAUCAUAUCUCCACCUUGGACACCAUUCAGAUUCACCUGUACUGCAAGUCUGGGUGAACGACCAUCAGUAAUUCUUCUUCGAAAUCGAAAGCCCAUUGAACUCGAUCCACAUUUUACUGUUAGGAGACCAGAAGACAAUGUCAUUGAGGUAUUUGCUCCACAGGGUCUUGCAACUUUCCCAGCGGAUGACCAAAUUGCCUGUGUUACUAUCACUGGCCAACAGAAAGAAGUUCCGAUCACCAUUUCUAAUCCAUGUCGAUAUGGUCAGCUUCCAUGUAAAGAUGGGACCUGUGUGUCGGAAGUGGACUUCUGUAAUGGGAGAAAUGAUUGUCCAGAUGGGUCUGAUGAGUCAACUAUUGCCUGUCCAGAUAUGCCAUCUGGAGUGCAAGUAACACCGGAGAAGAUUAUUACUCCUCCUUGGCGUGAAUUCGCUUUUAAAUGUACAGAUAUUAUGGGACGUGGUUUACCCACAGCGAUUAUUUCCGACAGUAGAAAGUUCGUUUCCUCAGAUACUAGAUUUCGUAUUGUGGAAAUCAAUUCUAGUAGUAUUGAAAUUGCUGCAACUCAUGGAUUGCGUGGCUCUGAAGACAGUAUGAGUAUUGACUGUAUCUCAAGACGUGGAGAUAGUGCAACGGUGGUAAUCACUGUUGAAGACAGCUGCGGUCCUGGACAGUUGCAAUGCCGUGAUGGCAGAUGUCUUUCAGGCAGCCGUUUUUGUGAUGGUCGGCGAGAUUGUUCGGAUGGUUCAGAUGAAGAUAUUCCUCAUUGCAAACGAGAUGCGCUCAUUGUCACCCCCAGCUACCUACGAAAUCCACCUUGGAUAUUAUUCUCAUUUGUAUGCAUCGCUCCCACUGGACAGAGACCUAACGUCGUAUUUGCUGUGAGUAGGAGAUCCGUGGAACAGGAUCCACGAUUUACCAUCAAUCGCUUCAACAGCACUGCCAUUGAAGUCACUGCCCCCCAAGGUCUUCGUGGAGAUGAAGAAGUGGUUCAUCUCGAGUGUUUUACCGAUGUGGGACUAAGGGAAAAUGUGACAAUCUUUAUUGAUGAUAUGUGCAAGCCGAAUGCUAUGCAAUGUCUCGAUGGCCGCUGCAGACCAAUCAGAGACUUCUGUGAUGGAAAAAUAGACUGUGAUGAUGGGUCCGACGAAAUUAGGCAAUUCUGUGAAGUAGCGAGACCGCCAAAAUUGGUACUAACUUCACAGAGAGUGGUUAUUCGACCCUGGCAACAAUUUCGAACGAUUUGUAUAUCUACAACCGGUUCGCAGCCUUCUUUCAUCUUCAGAAAGGAUCAAUCAUUAGUCGAGAACGACCAACGUUACCUUAUCAAUAGAAUCAAUGCUACAGCAAUAGAACUCCUGGCUCCUAGAGGUCUUAGGGGUCAACAAGACGUUGACAAGAUUGAUUGUUUAAAUACCAUUGGAGAUAGAGUGGCCUUCGAGAUUACCAUUGAAAGUUCAUGUAGACCGGACCAGAUGGCAUGUCAGGAUGGAUUAUGUCUUCCGACGUCUCAAUUCUGUGAUAAUAAAUUCGAUUGCUAUGAUAAGUCUGAUGAAAUUCACGACUUCUGUCCAGCCCGACGACCUAGUGUAAUCGCAACUCCCGAAUCAAUCACCACCGAUACUUGGCAAUUGAUCCGUUUCUACUGCAUCUCACCUGAAGGACAUCCAUUGACAGUUAUGUUCUCUGCCAAUAGACAACUUGUCAAGGAAGAUCAGAGAUAUCAAGUUCGAUUGGUCAAUAGCACAACAAUGGAAGUGGUUGUCCCACGUGGUCUGAGAGGCCCUGAAGAUAGUACUCAAAUUGACUGUAUGAUUACAAGCGGUGAACGAAAGCGCGUGACAAUAACCGUGAGAGACAAAUGUGGAUCAGGUCGUCUUCCGUGUCGAGAUGGGACUUGUCUGCCAGGAGGGGUGUUUUGUGACGGCAAACGGGAUUGCUCGGAUGGUUCUGAUGAGUACACUGAAUACUGUGCCAAGCCUACUCCGCCACCACCAACCCUGCCAAACAGCGUUCGUCUCAGUCCUACUAGACAACGUGUUCGACCAGGCCAGGAGAUUCGCCUUGAGUGCAACGCUCUCUCAAGUGACGUACGUGAUAAUCCCAUUAUCGAAUUCGCCAAUGGAACAUCCGUCACCUUGGAUCCAAACUUCCGAGUGUCUUAUCCUCAGCGUGGGCGUGCUGUCGUUAUCAUUCCAAAAGGUACGGAACUUCCAUGGAGGCAUUUGGAAUUUCAAUGCUAUCUUCCGGGAGGUGAAAAGUCAAGGGCGGAAGUGUUUAUAGAUCAGGCUUGUGAUAUAGGCCAACGUCGUUGUGACAAUGGUCAAUGCAUCUAUCUCGGGCAAUUCUGUGAUGGAAAGAUUGACUGUGCAGAUGGAUCCGAUGAACUACCACAUAAUUGCGAUGCAUGCGAUCCAAUUUCCCAACCCUGUGGAAAGAUGAAUGAAAGAGAACCAAAAAUCCCCUACUUCCAAGAACACUGGCGUUGUGAUGGAGAAGACGAUUGUGGAAAUGGCUUCGACGAACAGAAUUGUGCAGCAUAUUCUCGAGUGCCCGGUAUGAGCUGCGGAAGAGCACAAUUUGAGUGCAGAGGUGGUGGUCUCAUUCCCCUUGCCUACCAAUGCGAUGGGCAACCGGACUGUCCCAGCGGUGAUGAUGAAUAUAAUUGUCGGCGACCGAGCAUCUACGCCGAAAAUUUCACAUCCAGGUAUGAAGUACGUCGUGGCCAGAACCUGGUAAUUGAAUGCGAUGUUGUGGGCGUGCCUCCACCAACAAUCGUCUGGCGUUAUAACUGGGGCUGCCUACCACAGGGUGAUCGUGCUGUCAUUGAGCCUGUGCUUAGUCGAUUUGGUUGCGGCGGGGCCCGCAGUCGUCUCACCAUCAAUAACGUUCAGGAGGGAGACGAUGGCAUCUACAAUUGUGAAGGUCUCACGGGAACCGACAGAGCACUCUCUCAAGAUAUAUUCGUCAUUCUAAUAGACUAA